UGGCUGUACGGUGCGCUUGCGUUCCUCGUCGUCCCUCAAAGAAACACGUCCAUUAUUUUACACAAGUACAAGAAGUAAAUUUGGUUCGUAGAUUUUUCUGUCGGAGUGCCAGUAUGAUUGAUCCGAAGAAGAGAGCGGCCGACAUGGCGAUUGUCCCGACGGCGGUGAAACGGCCGAGGAACGAGCUUGUGGCAGCGGCUCAGUCUCAGCAGCUCAUGGCCAUGGGGCCCCCUCGGACAUCCAGUCUGCAGGCUCCCAUCAUGCUGAUGUCUGGGCAUGAGGGUGAAGUUUACUGCUGCAAGUUUCAUCCAAAUGGAGCUACUCUGGCUUCUUCAGGAUUUGACAGGCUCAUAUUAAUGUGGAAUGUUUAUGGAGAUUGUGAAAAUUAUGCCACUUUGAAAGGACACAGUGGGGCAGUGAUGGAGCUGCACUACAACACAGAUGGCAGCAUGCUGUUUUCCGCCAGCACAGACAAGACUGUGGGUGUGUGGGACAGUGAAACUGGGGAGAGGAUCAAACGCUUGAAGGGUCAUACCUCUUUUGUAAACACAUGCUACCCAGCCCGCCGUGGCCCUCAGCUGGUCUGCACCGGCAGUGAUGAUGGUACAGUGAAGCUGUGGGAUGUCCGUAAAAAAGGAGCGAUCCACACUUUCCAGAAUACCUACCAAGUCUUGGCUGUCACUUUUAAUGAUACCAGUGAUCAAAUCAUGUCUGGAGGCAUCGACAAUGAAAUUAAGGUGUGGGACCUCAGACAGAAUAAGCUGAUCUACACAAUGCAUGGCCAUGGUGAUUCAAUAACAGGACUCAGCUUGAGCUCAGAGGGAUCUUACCUUCUGUCCAACUCAAUGGACAACACAGUUCGUAUUUGGGAUGUGAGGCCAUUUGCGCCCAAGGAGAGAUGUGUUAAGAUUUUUCAGGGCAACCUUCACAACUUUGAAAAGAAUUUGUUGAGAUGUUCCUGGUCAAAUGAUGGCAGUAAGAUAGCUGCAGGCUCGGCUGACAGAUUUGUGUAUAUAUGGGACACCACAUCACGAAGAAUCCUUUACAAACUGCCAGGGCAUGCUGGUUCUGUUAAUGAAGUGGUCUUUCACCCAGAGGAACCUAUUGUGCUGUCUGGUGCCAGUGACAAGCGACUGUACAUGGGAGAGAUCCAGUAAAGUGUGCGCGUUCAAGGUUGUGUGAGUGCGUGUAUGUGUGUGCCCUAAAAUGAGUGUGUCCUGCCUUGAUGUCGACUGGGUGUUGUUCAGCUGCACAGCAAAAGCCUCUGUAAUUUGUAAGCCCUAUUUUGUCACACAAGAACCUCAGGAUAUGUGUUUGAUGUUUAUUUAGCUCUGUCACAACAUCCAAAUGAUCCUUUUUUAAAACUGCUUUUGCUGACUUUUUAAUAAAACGAUUAUACAGUG